GUGGUUGCUGUCAUUCAUGCUGUGUAUUGAUUUUACCCGCAAAAAUUAAAUAUAUCAAAAUAAAGGAAAAUAUAUAUUUUCGUCACUUGUAAUUUCUUCACUUGGAGCACCUCAAUGUCCACCCAGUCUAAAACAAUGCCGACAUUAGAUUUAAAGGUUUACAUAAAAAUAGUUGCUGCUGUGUUCUCUAUCUCAUCAGCUACAGCAUUCGUGAUGGCUCUACUGCGCCUUCUCAAUCCAGAUUUAUACUACUUAGAACUGAUGGAGAACCGAAACUUAGCCAUACACUACGUGAUAUCAGGCCUGAUGAUAUUAACGAGCGGCAUAGGGUUCCUGAACAGCUGCGUGGUCAUGAACCGACCGUCGGCGCACAACACCGGGCGGAACGUCACCACGUGGCUGCUGCUGGACUCCAUGUUCGAGAUCAGCCGCGUGGUGUACGUGUUCGUGUGCGAGGUGGUGCUGCGCGGCCGCGGGCCCGUGCAGACCUACGAGCUGCUCAUCAGCGCCGCGCAGUACCGUGAGUCCACCUCUACCCUACAGAAGACCAACGUGCUGAGGGUCAUCAAUUUAAAAAAUGCUCACGUUCUAAUGAUAUAUUUUAGCAGUGUGUCGACGACAUACGGCAGUGCCGCGUCAUCUCUGCCGUCAUGUACUGAUGACAGGCUCUGUUAUAAUCGAUAUUUGUAUCGUAUAGAUAAUUGUAUUAUAAUCGAAAUCGAUAUUGUACCAGGAGUAAAGGAAUACUUCACGAAAGCGACGAGGAGACAGUGUCGAUAUUGAUUAUUACGGAUUUGAUGAGUUUUAAAUAAAUGUUAUGAUAGAUUUCUUAUUUAAAAAAGGCAAAAUAGAUCUUGGGUCAACGACCUCACGGACCCGCGCGCGUGCUGUGUACCCGCACCGACGUCAACUGAUGUCGUUAUUACAUUUUCACCUUUGCUUUGGCUUUUGAAAUCGUGGCGGCGGGACAGGACCCGGCGCCUUCGUAUCGAGCGAUGCGAGUGCGCCGGUGUUCAAGUCUCCCGAGCCACUAACGGUGCUUUUAGGUAUCUCAAGCACCGGUCAUCGUUCGACGAGUGAUUUAACCCACAGACACAGCCCACUGAGUUUUUCACCGGAUCUUCUCAGUGGGUCGCGUUUCCGAUCCGGUGGUAGAUUCUGCGAAGCACGGCUCUUGCUAGGGCCAGUGUUUAGCAACGUCGUCAGGUUUGAGCCCCGCGAGCUCACCUACAUGUUAGGGCGAAGCUGAAAUAGCCUCUCAAGGCUAUCAGCAUAUGUAGGAAAAAAAAGAUGUUCAAGUCCCACGGGCUAUUGACUUCCACGGUGGAGGAAUAACAACAUUAUGUAAUAAAAAUCAAACCCGCAAAAAUUAUAAUUACACAAUUAGAUACUGACGGUAAAAUGUCUUGUGAGUCCGCACGGGUAGGUCACCACUCUUAACUAUUUCUGUCGUGAAGCACUAAUGGGUUUCGGUUUGAAGAAUGGGGCAGUCGUUGUACUGUAAAAAUUGUCUUGAAACUCAUGUCUAAGGGUGGGUGACAGCUUUUUGUUGAUGUCUAUGGUCUCCAGUAACCACUCAACACUAGGUAGGCUGUGAGUUCAUCUAAUAAAUAAAAACACCCGUCUUCAUGUAAUUUCAUGAUAUAUUCUAAUAUAAUUUGAACAGCUACAUACAAUGUGUAAGAAAGUCACCCCUAAAACCACCAUUUCGUUAAUGUUUCAGUGCUGGACAGCUUCCUGUACUGCCAAAUGAUAUUAAGGCAUUAGGAGGACCUCUACUCGCUGCCCCCCGGCCCGCCCCGCGACCGCGCCACCACACUCCGAGGAGUCCUGCAGUCAUUCCUCUAAUACAAUAGUUCUAUAAGAACUUUCAUUGAUGUUUUAUAAAUUUUAUGAAUUGAUUUAAUUUGUUAGUCGAUUGAAUUUACUAGAAGUAAAUUAAGAUAUAUAAAUUGAAUACGUAAUGUGAGCGUGUGUGAGGCAGCUACGAGAUGUGCAGCGGAGAAUGAGGUAUUCGGUUCGCUUCAGUGUCCGGUUCUUACUACAACUAUUAUAAAUAUUAAUUGUUCUGUAGUUCUAAGUAGUUCUAUCGUAUGUACUUAGAGGCUGUACAAGAGACACGAUCGUACAAUAAUAUAUAUAAAAUACUAUAACACAAUAUAAACAUAUAUAUAAUCUAUAUUUGUGUGCUAAAAAUAUACAUAUAUAAUUGUUGUUAGGGAAAACUACAAAUGUUUGUAUUUACAUAUCAUCACAAUGUUUAAUUUAGUAGAUCAAAUUGAAUUCAUUUAAAACCCAGUCCUUAUUUAAAACUAAAUAUUCCGGAACGUUUUCUGCGAUGAGGAAUUAAAGUAGCUUUCGUAGCGCGGCCGCGAGCGUACUACUACUAGUACUACUAGUACUGCUAUUACUACUACUAGUACCACUACUACUACUACUACUACUACGUAAGUGUAUGUAUGUGUCAAACAACAGUACGGGCGCGAGCUGGCAACGAACAUGCCAAGCCGUAGCGCGCACGUGUUGGAAUCUCAAAUAAAUACGAAACAAAAUCUUAAAAUAUUUUUAAUAAUAAUGAAGCCUCAAAGUAUUAUAGUGUGUAAUCAAAAACUAUCGAAUUUUACAGUAACCGCGUUAAAAAGCUGUUAAUUUAUUCCAGUACAUAAAUAAGGUUGUGGUCCAUGGCCACGUGUAGUAAUGCAGUGUAAGAGUUAUUCGGUUAACGACAACAAUAUUCUGUGCCUACCCGGGGUCAUCUUGCGUUCAUAUAAAUUGAAGUUUUUUGACGCGUUUCAUUCAUUGUUUCUUUAAAAACGUUUCACGGUUUCAUUUCUCGUUUAUGUCAUUCCAACGGUCACUACAACAUUCCCGACAAUAAAGAUACUGGAAACGAUAUCAUCUGUGGUUGCUUAAGAAACAACUUUUAUGAAAUUCAUCUUCUAUGACUUUGUAUGAAAACUAAUAUCGUCUUUUCGCAUUAAAAUGUACAAUUUCCUAAAAUAUUCGAAAUUGAGUUAGUAUGCGGAAUCAUUUGGUAUCGCCAGUAUUUUUUUCAUAAAUACGGUCAAAAGAGCAUAGUUUAAUUAUAGUUUACCUAUGUUUUGACUACUAUUAACAAAAUUAAUAUAUAAUUUUAUCUUACUUUAAAAGACAAAUAAUGUAACUGGUAAAAAAAAAUUUUGCAAUGAUUAAAAUCUAAAAUAUCACAUGUUAAAUCUUUUGCAUUUAUAGACCGUAGGCCGCAGCCAUUUCAUAUUCCUAGUGUUAAUGUAAAUAUUACUAAGCAUUAAAGUAUUCCGAUGGUCGAUCCGAUCGGGCCUUGAUGUUCAAUGAAUAACAGAAAAUGUAAUUACACAAUAAACUGUUAUCUAAAAACUACGACUAUUGUACAAUGUUACAAACACUGAAGUUAAUGUUUUAAAUUUCGAAAUUAAUGAAUAUUUUAAACUCUCUUGAACUAUAAUAAUAAUCAUUUAACUAUGUAAUUAUAAUCUCUUUAAAAAUAUAUUUAUUAUGAAAUAUAUAGUAAUUAAAAGAAAAUAGUAGAAAAUGUGAAGACAAAAUUGUAAUUCUCGUUUAGAUUAGAGUUUGUAGUAGAAGUUGAACUACAGCGCCAACCGGUCGUCGCGGGAACUGUAUAUAGUAUUACUAAUGUUAUAGCGUUGUACCUAAUGUUUCAACUCUUGAAUGUCUGAUGUAGUUAUAGUAUGUGACUAGCGAGUUCCUAGGUUGUCUAAUGUUUAUUUGUAUUCCUAACGAUGUGUACUAAAAAUGUAGUAUUUAGAAUGAAGGUGAGUAAUAUUAAGGAAUUGUUUCCAAAAUUAUUUUAUUCGAAUAAUUAAUUUUUUCUUUAAUCACUGUGAGAUCUCAUAUUUUGAAAUGUUAUGAUAAAAUAAAUAAAUAAAACAAAUUUAUUUUAUAA